AUGCCCCCUAUAAAACGCAUACACCGGAGUAUCCACGUAUUAGCUGUGCUUCUAGUCGGUGUGUUUGCUUUGGCCCAGUCUUCAAACAGACAAGUGGGUCUUGCCAACAAAGUCCUGGUCUUCCCUUAUGAAACCGAUUUCAGCUACGUGACUCUGAUACCCCUGAAGGACAUGGCGCUCAAGGCCUUCACGCUUUGCAUGCGCGUGGCCACCGAGCUGCCUGAAGAACGCCAAAUAAUCCUGUUCGCCUACCGUACGCCGGACUACGAUGAGCUCAACGUGUGGCGCGAGAAAGACGGUCGUGUCGCUUUUUACAUGAGCGGCGAUGGCGUCUUCUUCUUUUUGCCGCCGCUGGGCACUUUCCGUACCAGCCUGUGCCUGACCUGGGAAUCCGUUGCUGGCCUAACUGCAUUUUGGGUAGACGGAAAGCGCAGCACCUAUCAGGUGUACAAACCCGGACACAGCAUUCGACCUGAAGGCACCGUCCUUCUGGGUCAGGACCCUGAUAAACAUCUGGGGGGUUUGGAGGCCCUGCAGAGCUUCGUGGGGGAGAUAACCGAUGUGAAUAUGUGGGACUACGUCCUCUCCAGGAGCCUGAUUCAAGCCUGGCAUUACGGGCACAAGGUACCAAAAGGCAAUAUUUUUGACUGGGCCACUAUUGAUUAUCAGCUUAAUGGUAAUGUCAUGCUAGUUGACGAUGACUGA